AUGAUGCUCAGGCGCUCGGGACGUGUCUGCAGGCCUCCGAGGUGGCUGCUGCUGUCCUCAGUUCCCAUGGAAUCUCAAGGUCGAGCAAGCAGCCAAAAUACUCGCGCUAGUAACGGUCAACAAGAGCUUGCCGUGCAAGAUCAAGGUUCUGGUGAUCGAGAUGUUCGGAACAGCAGCCAGAACACUGAGUGGUUUGUGGAACAUGGCAAUGACUACGUACAGCAACAGGCUAUCCUCCACGCUGCCAGCCCGCCACCUGCAAAUGCAGAGAACCGGCCCAUGACUGUAAUUUCACAAAUUGAAGCCAUUUUCGAGUCGAUUGCAGUCGACAUACAACAGAGCAGGGAAUUGUCCAUUCCGUAUUGUCGUGUCAGAGGUAUACGUAACAGCAAUGGCCGGCUAAGAUUUCCAGGACGCAAUGUUUCUGAGGCAAGGUCGUUUGUACAUCUUUGCGGCUCGUAUUUAAACUAUCCUCCUUCUGUAGCCCGCUUGCUGUGCAUUCUCGAGAUGUCACAUCAUGCUCUCGUCACUGGCAAUAUUGUGACGAAAAGGAACAUAUUUUACCAAGCCAAAGAUCUGUUUCGCGACCAGGCUGUUGUUGAUAGACUAGUAGAUGACCUUGCUUUCACACUCGGUGUUGGGCGACAUUCAUUGAACAUUACCGCCACUGGCAAGGGUCUAAUAAUAGGGCCAAUUUCCUUCGUCCUUAAUAAUGGCACCAUGGUCUCUUGCGAUAACACGGGGAAUGAGGGAACAAUUAUUUGCUCGACCGAAGGACCAGGUCGAAUCGAGUUACCGUCCGCACGUUGGGUCUUGAUUAUCGAAAAAGAAGGAAAAGGCUAUCCGGACCUCAAUACGAGGAAUUUGGUGUACUUUCUUCGAGACUCGUGCCCGCAAAUCCCAAUUUACAGCCUGGUCGAUUAUGACCCUGACGGGAUCAGAAUACUGCACACAUAUAAAUACGGCAGCUCUUCUUUGGAGCAUGAGAGACAGUCGGCUGUGAACAACAUUCAGUGGAUAGGAAUUCGAUUGUCGGAUGUCAAGCAACACCAUCUGAGACCAUGCCACAACCUCUUGCAGGAUGCUGGCUCUCAAAUCAACGUUGAAACACACUCUGGAUUGAACGCAGGACAGAUCCAAAGCCAACCAGGAUUUGCUAUGUCGAGACAGAACGCUUUCGAAGUGAACACUUUCCAGCUGACUACUAGGGACCGUAAACUUGCACAUGCAAUGGUUUCAAAGCUAUCUGGGCCAUCAGAAACAAGGGGGGAACAUGAGCAGGAUUUGUGCGAGCUUCAAGUCAUGCUUAUGCUUAAUGUCAAGGCCGAGAUACAAGCUGUUGACACUCUCGGGGAUAUCACCGAGUGGCUUAACAACAAGCUGUGCUCCCAGUUGAUGAGUGCAUAG